UUUUACAAUUUUUUUUUUUAAAACCACUCAUGUAACAGCCUGCAAACUUGUGAACAAAUUUAAAGAGAUAGUAGAAAAUUUUCAUCAUUGACUCACCCUCAAAUUGUUCCAAACCUAUAUGAAUUUCUUUUAUAUUCUGAAGAAUGAUAGACAUUGACUUCAAUAGUAAUUUUUUCCAUACUCACUCAGGUUUAUUCACUUGACUUGAGGAUGAAUAAAUGAUGACAAAAGUUUAUGGAAAACACUUUUUGUGUGAAAUGAAAUCUCUUUAAACUGUCACCUUUUAAAUGUUUUCCCACCUAAUUUUAGAAGCCCUGAGAAAUUUGCAACAAUGUACACCUGGAAAAGAUACACACUUGUUGUUGCUUAAUAAUCAUAUCAACCUGCAUCAGCACUGAUAUUACUGAGAACUCAACACAUGUCUCUAAAUUUAUAAAAGCAGUUCUCUCUGAAAGAGACUUACAGUAAAGAUCAUUCCCAGAACAGGAGAACAUGAGACUCUAUCUAGCAGUCUUUGCGCUCUUGGCAGCAGUUCACUGCGAGGAGCUCUUUAAUGGAGACCAAGUUCUCAGAAUCCAUGCUGAAUCUGAAAGCCACAUUCAUGCUUUGAAGGAGCUGGAAGAGGACGUGGAAUUUGACCUGGAUUUCUGGACUCAUGGCUUCUCAACUGAACGGCCUGUUGACAUCCAUGUGCCUCAUUCCAGUCUGUAUGCUGUCAAGGACUUCCUCAAGAAAAACAACAUCCCUUUCACUGUCAUAAUCAACAAUGUGCAGUUCAGUACAGGUGGGGUGAGUCGACCAGCGAUCUGGGUUGAUGCUGGAAUCCACUCCAGGCUUCUGCUGUGUGGAUCGCCAACAAGAUUGCUUCAGACUAUGGCGUUGAUCCCUCCGUGACCUCUGUCCUUGGUCAAAUGGAUAUCUACUUGAUGAUUGUGACUAACUGAUGGAUAUGUUUUUACUCACACAAAUGUAGGUCACGUGCUGUUCAACUAACUUGUUGGUGGCGUUUUGUUUUGGUAGAUAUCCAGACUCC